AUGUUUUUAUUAUUAAAUAAAGCAAAGAAGAAAGAUGAGAUAACAAAUGUAAGCAGUGACGAGUACCGCGCCCAGAGUCUGUGUUCUGAGGACGAUGCUGAAGGGUAUCAGCUAAUCUCGUAUACAGGAAAUAUUCCGUAUUUUGAGGAUAUAAAUAUUCCCGACUUGGAAGGGGAUAACUCGCAGGAAGCAUCAUUGGCGCCCAGCCCCAACAGCUCAACUCUUAACACCCCCCUGGUUGAAAUUAAGUCACCUUCCUAUACAAGGAAGACA